CUCGCAAAAUAUUUCCAAUUUGUUCCAAAGAAAGAAGUGUGUAGUUUAUAUAGAAUGACUGAAGUACCAAAAAGGAAAAAUGUUGAUUAUGAAGAAGCCAUUGAAUGUACUGGUUUUGGAAAAUACAACAUCCUGCUCAUAAUAGCAUGUGGCCUAUCCCUACUUUCAUCAAACAUAGAGUCCUACUCCAUAGGCUAUGUGCUGCCAUCCGCAGAAUGCGAUCUAAGCCUAACAACCACCACAAAAGGCAUUCUGACAACGGCCACUUUCGUGGGCAUUCUAAUAAGCAGCCUAUUUUGGGGCUACUUGUCCGACAAAAAGGGCAGAAGAACGCUGAUUUGCAAAACCCUUUUCAUGACUUUUUUGGCCAGCGCAUUAUCCAGUUUUAUGCCCUCUUUUUGGGGGUUUGUGGUGCUUAGAUUCAUCACAGGAAUUUGUAUCUCUGGACCAUCAGCAAUCAUAUUCGCUUACUUCAGCGAGUUUCAAAACGCUAGGACCAGAUCAAAAUGUUUGGCUUUCAUAAGCACUUUCAUAGCAUUUGCCUUGAUAUACCUACCAGCUUUGGCUUGGCUACUUUUGUCCAUCGACAUUAACAUCGACAUGGGUUUCGUAAACUUCACAUCUUGGAGAGUUUUUAUUUUGAUAAAUUCCGCACCUGCAGCUUUGGGUUCCCUGUGCAUCUAUUUUUUGCCUGAAAGUCCUCAGUAUCUCUACUCGCAAGGAAAAGUGGAUGAAGCUUUGGAAGUAAUGAAGACCAUGUAUGUGAAUAAUACAAAUAAUAGUGUAAACGAUUUUCCCAUUGAAAACAUACAAGAAAGUAACUCACAAGAGAAGCCCAGGAGAGUCAAAAAUGUUAUGGUGGAGAUUUUCAAACAAGUCACUCUAUGCUUUAACCCAUCCGUUCUUAAAUACACUCUGACUGCUUGCCUGUUACAAGUGGGCUGUUUCGGGUUGUCCAGUGGGCUUCUGCUGUGGUACCCAGACAUAAUCAAUCAACUUUCCAAGGCUGGGAAUGCAAGCUUGACCGUUUGCGAAGCACUAGGGUUUGAACAUGACACCAAGGAUGCAGAAGUUCUAUGCAAUUUAGAGUUAAAUGACAAUAUUUAUGUGCAAAAUUUAUUCAUAGGUCUUGCGUAUUUGAUGGGAUAUACGUCUUGGAGUUUUGUUGUUAAAGCUAUGGGAAAUAGAAUGGUUUUCAUGACUUUCAUGUCGAUCUCUUCCCUGGGUGCAAUCCUGAUAUGUUUCAUCAGUCAUAAAAUCCUUAUUGACGUCUUGUUCGUGGCCGUUUUGAUGUUACCCGGUAUAUGUGUGGCCGUUGUGGCGGCCAUGACAGUCGAUCUUAUGCCACCGAGUAUUGCAGGAAUGGCGAUAUGUCUCACUAUGACAGCAGGAAGGCUGGGCAGCAUUUUAACCAGCUCCUUGGUUGGUUUGAUGUUGGAAUUCAAUUGUUCUAUGACGUUUUGGUUGUACAGCGCUAUUUUAUUAGUGUGUAUUGGACUGGCGUUUAUAUUUCCCAAAAAAAGCUGUGAUAAUUUACACUGAAUGAAUUAAAUUAUGAUAUUACUGUUUUUAUAUAUAUUUUUUAAUUUAACAAUCUUUAAAAACCAAUAUGGUGAGGAUAUUGGAACAAAGGAUUUUACCAAAAUGUUUAUAAUUUGAUUGAUGUUUUUUUUUAAAUAAAAUU